CAGUGUUGUCAGUGCGCCAUUUCCCCAGGAGCAGCUGAGUUUGUCUCUGCUGUCUCCCUUCUCCUCUGGUGAACUGUUGCAACACUGAGUGUCAGAGACAGAUGACUGGUCCGCUCCAAAACUGGCAGAACAAGUGUGAGUGAGUGAGUGAGUGAGAGAGAGUGUGUUUGCGUGCGUUUCCGUGGAGGGGAGGUCUCUUACAAACCUGCUGCUAUUAAUAACACAUAACGAACAUAAUCUGAAGUUAUCCUCUUACGUUUGUUGGCAGGAGCGGAGAUGGAAAGAGCAUAGCAGUCUCAUUUCCCAGUGUCCCUCCACAAUACCGGCAGCUGGGUAAUUGAAGUGAAGAGAAUGUAGACGCGAUGUUUAAAAGCAUAGUUUAGUUUCCCCCUACAUCUCUCGCCCGCCGCCGCGCUGUGCCAGGGGGCAGGAGCGCUGAGUGCCGCCGCUGCGCCUGCACGCAGUCAAACGCACCGACUGUAAAAAACAACAACAAAAAAAACACCGAUCUCAUUACCACUGAAUCGAGAGGGAACUGACGCGCGCUAACUGCUUAACCAUGAACACUCUCCCGGCAUACUCAGGCGCCAGGAUAUCUGGCUGUUGGUCUCUCAAUUCAGAUAGCAGCGGAGGCAGCGAGGGUUUGGACAGGCUUCUCCCCGCGGUCAGCACCGGGGUCUCGCCACGCAAGAGGACUACCAGCCAGUGCAAGUCUGAGCCCCCGCUGCUGCGGACCAGCAAGAGGACCAUCUACACUGCCGGCCGACCACCGUGGUACAAUGAGCACGGGACGCAGUCUAAAGAGGCUUUCGUCAUCGGGCUGUGUGGAGGCAGUGCCUCAGGGAAGACUACCGUGGCCAGGAAGAUCAUCGAAGCACUGGAUGUCCCCUGGGUAGUGCUCCUGUCCAUGGACUCCUUUUACAAGGUUCUGACCCCAGAACAGCAGGUCCGGGCUGCCAGCAACGAUUACAACUUUGACCACCCAGACGCCUUCGACUUCACCCUCCUGGUCAACACCCUGCGGAAGCUCAAGCAGGGCAAGAGUGUCAAGAUACCAGUGUACGAUUUCACCACCCACGGCAGGCAGAAGGAGUGGAAAACCGUGUAUGGAGCCAGUGUUAUCAUCUUUGAAGGAAUCAUGUCUUUCGCAGAUAAGGAACUGUUGAAGCUCCUGGACAUGAAGCUGUUUGUGGACACGGACUCGGACAUCCGGCUGGUGCGCAGGCUGCGCAGGGACAUCACGGAGCGCGGGCGCGACAUCGACGGCGUCAUCAAGCAGUACAACAAGUUUGUGAAGCCCGCCUUCGAGCAGUACAUCGAGCCCACUAUGCGGCUGGCGGACAUCGUGGUGCCCCGCGGAGGUGGGAACAUGGUGGCCAUUGAUCUAAUCGUACAGCAUGUCCACAGCCAGCUGGAGGAGAGGAAACUACGCUGGGAUAUGGCGGCUCUGGCCUCGGCCCACCAGGCCCAGCCUCUGCCUCAGACUCUCAGUGUCCUGGACAGCACACCCCAGGUCAGGGGUAUGCACACCAUCAUCAGGAACAAAGAGACCAGCCGCGACGAGUUCAUCUUCUACUCGAAGAGGCUGAUGCGCUUGCUGAUCGAGCGCGCUCUGUCCUUCCUGCCCUCUCAGGUCCACACUGUGCAGACCCCACAGGGAGAGGACUACGAGGGGAGAACCUUCCAUGGGAAGAGGAUCACGGGCGUGUCCAUUCUGCGCGCGGGCGAGACCAUGGAGCCGGCCCUCAGGGCUGUGUGCAAGGACGUCCGGAUCGGCAAGAUUCUCAUCCAGACCAACCAGGACACAGGGGAACCCGAGCUGCACUAUCUCCGCCUGCCCAAAGACAUUAGCGAGGACCAUGUGAUCCUGAUGGACUGCACCGUGUCCACUGGCGCUGCGGCCAUGAUGGCCGUCCGCGUCUUACUGGACCACGACGUGCAGGAAGAUAAGAUCCUGCUGGUGUCUCUGCUCAUGGCUGAGAUGGGCGUGCAUUCGGUGGCCUACGCCUUCCCCCAGGUCAAAAUCAUCACCACUGCCGUGGACAAGAAGGUCAACGACCUCUUCCACAUCAUCCCUGGCAUAGGAAAUUUCGGGGACCGGUACUUUGGCACGGAUGCUCCCCCAGACUGGAGCGAUGAGGAGAUGGAUGAGCCCAGUUACUGACUGGGUGGUGACCUGCUGGUCUGGUGCCCGGGCAGCUAAACUCACUCCAGUCAGCAGGACCGUGUGGAGGACCGUACCACUGACUGCAGUUCCUCUCUUAGACUGACGAUGUAAAUGGUUUUUAAAAGGAAAAUGACUGGUGACAAAUGUACAUGUGACAUAUUUUUAUAUUUUAUUUUUGGUCUCCUUGUUGCUUCAAAGAAUGUGGUGAAGAGCUGUAAUACAAGGCUGUGUAUUUUUAUAAUGUUGAUGGUUUGAUAUAACAGGAUUCUUUUUAAAGAUCAAGAUAAACUCCUCUGGGUCAUGAGAAGCUUCUGAAAAGAAAGAUGCUCAGCCUACAUCAAGCCAUCAGCCUGCUCAAGAGAGCCUGAGCACGCUAUGUCAGAAGACAAGACUACUGAAUGUUCAACUUUCAACGUUCAACAAUUUUUAAUGUAUUUAUACAACACAUUCACACUGUGUUUUUGCUUCCAAAGUUAAGCAGUUUCUCUUUGUUUUUUGGCAGUGACUGCCAUGAAAGAAAAAAAAAACUGCCAUUGUGUUUGUUUCUCUGCGCAUAGAAAGAACUUUCUUUCAAGGACCACCUCACUGGAAAGUGUGUGGGUGUAGGGUGUUAACCCUUUUGUUUCACCUUCUUUUGCUAAACCCUGCUGACCAAACCUCAAACUUGCACGACGAUCAGCGAUAAGUUAGCCCCCAUUUUUCCGGUGAGUCUAAGGUACAGUACACAUAUGCGACAGUUGCAUACUCAUGUCUCCACUUCAGCUGUCAGUUAAUUGAAUAUUAGGGGUAUUUGUGGGAAUGUGAAAAUAUUCACGACAAGUUUUUGCAGAAAAGAACGAAGAUUUUUUUAAGAGAAGCAGACGUGUCUGUCUCCACACCCUUCCAGUGCUCCUCGUGCUGUAACUUGAAAACUGAUCACAGUGUGUUGAUAGGUGCAGUAUAUUUAUUUGUAUGUUGUGAGGAUCUAAGCUUGCUACCUCAAAGCAAAUAUGGUGUCUGUCACACCCUGCGUUUCACAGCUUCUUCUCUGCAAGAGUGUUAAAUCCUGAUUUUCAUUCAUUCGUGCAUUGCGUUGGCUCUAUUAUAUCAGAACUGUGCAAAUGGUUCCCUAGAUUUUAGGGACAAAUACAGACUGCUUCAGGUAGGCAUACAUGUCUACCUUUAUCAGAAAUGUUUAGGGGUCUGGUCAAUGUUAAUGGCCUAUUCCGAGUGCUUUGAAAUGCUUAUAGGAACCUGCCUUGCUUGGAUAUGGCGCGUAAAGUGACUGCAUUGUGUUCUUUGUUUGGCGUCACAAAGAGAUCCAGCCAGACCGUACUGUAACUAGACUCCUCUACUUCUUUUACCAUAUAUGGUGUGUGCGCCUAUGACUACUGGAAAAUCGAGCGUUGAUUGUGGUCCGCAUUUGAACAAACAAAUGAGACAAAUGUCCAGUUUAUUUUUUUAUGCUUCAUUAUGAUCCAAAGCGUCGUAUUAUAGUGUAAUUUUGCUGUAUUUAUCGAUCUUGUAACUAUUGUUUUGGAAUGUAAAUGUGAUCAUUUUUAACCCUUUGGUUUACUGUCAUUUAAAAAUAUGCAGAAACUUGCAUUGGAACAGUUUUUCUGUGUAAUUCCCUUUGCAGUGGCAGGGAUUUAUCCUCAUUUCUUCCUCACUGAAAAUUAGUUUACUCUGUACCAAAAAAUGCAGCGAUAAGUAUUUUAAAGAGAAAGACCAAGUAUGGAUUUUAAUGUGUUCAGUUCAGUAAGUCUGUCAGUGUACUUUGAUGUACAUGUGUAUAUUGCUUUUCAGUGAAGAGAGUUAUAAUCACUAUUACUAAAAAAGAAUGUCAUUUCAGUACUACUGAGUUUUUUUUUCCAAGCACUCCUCAUACAGAGUGCAGUACAUUUAAGAAGCCCAGCACUCAAGUUCCUGGUGGAAAAUAUUCAGUGAAAGUGAAGUGUAAAUUGGCAUCUCACUUUCAGAGUUUGAAAUCAGGCAUUUACUUCUUACUGCAUUUAUCUUUGCUGUCUGGUGCAUGUCAUUAGAAAAAGUCAUUAAAAGUGCAAUAAUGUAUUAAA